AUGCAAAUAAAAAAAAGUCAACAAUUAAAGGAAAACGGAGGCAGAGUUUGUCGACGGCGUCACAAACACCAAAAUACUCAUUCAGUCGAGGAUUCUGAUUCCAUGGCCUCUAAAAUGGAAAGCGAUAGUCCAACAAAUACCCCACCGUCACCGCCCAAUAAAACGAUAGUAUAUCGUAGAAAGGGAGCAAAGGGGCAAAGUGUGCAAGGGGGUGGGUUUGCUAUCUCAAUUCAACCUGAGGAGAGUAAGGGGCCAAAUAGAGCAGGCCUCCAAGUUUAUAAAAGAAGGAAGAAAGAUGUAUCAAGGGGAACAACAGAAGUUGUUGUGAGAAUAAACAGUUAG